AUGGUGGUUUCCAGUGAGGAAGAAGGUGAUGGAAAUGGUGGAGCAAGAAAAUUGAAAACAAAAGUAAAAGAGGACGAAAAGGGAGUUUGGUGUGAUCAACUCGGUCAAAACUCAACAGGAACGACAGCUAUUACGUUCGCUUCUUUCAGCCGGUCUGGAACAUUCGCAGACCACCGCCCACGGCACACGCAGCUUAAAUUUCUUCGUCGCCGGUAUAACUCAUCAGCCACAGCCAUCGUAGGAGGCGCCACCACUGUCUCAAUAUCACAUCCUGUAGCAAUUCAUAUUUAUGCACCUCCGAAAAACACUAUAGAGAGAUCUGAUGAACUUUAA